CAUAUGAUGACGUUAUUGAUGACAAAUAUUUAAUGACUCAGUUGAUCGCCAUUUUGGUAAACAAUCGGCACUAAAGUGUUGACCAAACAAACAAUAAGACAAACAUUUAUUUAGUCCAUUGUUUAUAAAUUAAUACAAUUGUUUUACUACUGACCACUAAUGGGACGCAAAAAGAAGAAGCCGUCAAAGCCGUGGUGUUGGUAUUGUAACCGUGAGUUUGACGACGAGAAGAUACUUAUUCAGCACCAAAAAGCCAAACACUUCAAGUGUCACAUUUGCCACAAAAAGCUGUAUACGGGUCCCGGUUUGGCCAUUCAUUGUAUGCAAGUUCACAAAGAGACGAUCGAUAAGAUACCAAAUGCAUUACCGAAUCGAAACAAUGUUGACAUUGAGAUCUAUGGUAUGGAAGGCAUACCAGAAGCAGAUAUUAAAGAGCACGAGAGGUCCAAAGGAAAUGACUUUAAACCACAAAACGAUUCAAAACCUAUGCCUUCUGUGUCGACAUCAAUGGCACCGAUGAUACCAAUACCGGGUGCCGUUACGGCUCCCAUUCCAGGUGUUAUGGCAAUGCCAGGAAUGCAUUUUGGUUUACCACCAAAUCCACAACAAUACGCUAAUUAUGCGCCUAAUAUGGUAGCCACUAGUCAUCCACCAUUAGGUCCGUACGGUACUGCAAUACCUCCGCCACCAUCAUUAGCUCCUCCACAUACAAUAGUUGGUGCCGCCCGUACACAACCACCGGGUGCACUAACAUUGCCUCAUCAUAGACCUCUAUUUCCAUCUGUUAGUUCAGCGCCAACAACAAACCACAACUCAUUAGUUGGUGCAGACUUCAGACCAUUAGGUUAUAAUAUGAGUGCUUAUAUGACAACCCAUACGAACUCAACCAAUGCUACAGUCAGUGCUUCGGCCGUUAUAUCAAAGCCGGCCUCGUCUGCCAUUAUCGGGACAUUGAGUGGUACAUCACGUAUAAUACAUCCAGAAGAAGAUAUUUCUUUAGAAGAGUUGAGAGCUCGUCAAAUGAAAUACAAACUGAUUGCCGGUAUUUCCCAGCAGUUGCCGCAAACAAUGAAUGGUUUAAAUCCAAGUGCUGCCGUUUAUUCUACACCAAUGCCUCCCAAUAUGUCAUUACCUCCACCGCCGCCACCAAUGAUGGCGCCCAACCCUAUGUCCACUCAUCCCUCAUUUCAACCAACUUUUCGUUCGGCCUUUUGAUGAGACAAGUUGUGAGAUAAGUCUUUUAGUAAAAACAAAUAAAUUUUCGUUUAGUUGUCAUUUAAUUAAUUAUUAUUAUAAUU